CGAAAUUUUUAUAAGUUUGUGUUUCAAUAUUUACGUUACAGUUUCAAUGUUUUUAAAGUUUCUAAAGUUAAUGUAUCAUAAGAUUCAAUUUAAUGUUUUAUGACCUUUAAUACGUGAUAAUGGUGGUUUGUAAGUUUUUCCAACAAGGUUACUGCCGAUAUGGACAAAACUGCAGAUUUGAACAUGUUUAUGGCUCCAAAUAUUCGUAUCAUGCCAAUCCUCCCGCCCAAACAGCGCCAGCCCAGUCAAAUGUUGUGACAGAUGAACAAUUAGUAAAUCAAGUGAAAUCUGAUAUCCAAGCAGCGCUAAAGGGUGGGCAAUGGAUUUUAUCCAGUUACGCCCCCUACAAAGAGAAGCCAGGAUAUCCGGGCUUGACAGAUCUCUCACCUGAAGAAGCAAGGUUAUUCAUAUAUGAAGCUAAAGCAAAUAAUACUGUUGAUCAAGCUGUGGCAUACUUUGAUAAUCUCUAUAAGGAAACAAGAUAUAAAUAUGAACAAUUGCUACAACCAACAGUAAAUACAAUAAAAAUACUAAGAAGCCUUUACAAAGGAGAGAUAAUUCCUCAGACAUCAUUCGGUACAGCAAAUGAUGCAUCAUCUUUAUUCAGAAGUGCUUUAAGUAAUACGAACACUGGCUUCCAGACGUUAAAUCAAAAUGUUUUCGGACCAACUCAACCGACUGGGGCAAAAUCUCUUUUCGCUGAGGCCACAGAAGCUACUUUCGGUCCUAAAACAAGCAUUUUUACAUCAAAUGAAACACCAAAAUCUUUAUUUGCACAGGAAACGCAAAAACUCUUUGGACCAACAAAUAAUCCAGCUAAUAUUUUCGCUAAUGCGACACAAAAUGUUUUUGGUCCAAUGGAGCCGGUUAAACAAAAUGUUUUUCCAAAUCAACCUGCGGUUAAUGUUUUUCAAAAAUCUGAUCCAAGUGAUGUCUUUCAACGAAAAAAAACACAAAAUGUUUUUAACAAUGUAUUUGAACAGAAAUCAGAUACUGUUGACAAUAUUUAUAGUAAAUUAGAAGAUCUGUCUAAAGACGAUUUAGAGGCUUUUAAGUGCAAUGACUUUAAAUUAGGUUUUAUACCAGAAUUGCCACCGCCAAGAGAAUUAUGUGUUUGAAGUUUUUAAAUUAAUAUAGAUGUAUAUUGUGUAAUUAUCCUUAAGUUUGAAUAACAAUUGUGUACUGAACAUGAUUUUACGAAAUUUGAUAUUAAGCUAUGUUUUUAAUACAUUUUUUAUUCUAUGAUUGAGUCAUUGAUAAAUGAAAAAACAUUUUUAAUGAUUAAAAAA